UAGAAAAUAUGAGAAAAACCUCUUUAUCACUUUUAUACUCAUUAGUGUUUGUUGUCUUAAGUUGUAAAUUAACGAAGGCAAUUGCAUUGGUUGUCUGAAAAUAUAAACCGACAUACAAGCAGAUAAAUAUAUAUACCACAUCAAGAUUCAGUGGCAGAACCAGGGGCCUAAGGUGUUCCACUCACUGUGACCAAAACUUUUUAGCGUAUGUUUUACCUUUUUAGGCCAAUUUUUCGGGAGGGCCUUACGCCGCCCCUUUUUGACAAGCCAUGUACCCCUCGCAUAUAUCUUGACAACAGCGCGUUUAUUUUAAGUGUUCAAUUUUGAAUAUAUCUUAUUAGUAUUCAUACAGACAUCUGUGCUUUGUUUUUUAUUACCUACUUUUGCUUUGUCAUUUAUCAUUUUUGCCACGGUGUAAUUUCCAUUGACCUAUAAUUAUGAUAAUUGUACCUCAAGAUCUUCUUCUUUUCUGACUGAAAACUUGCAUGAUGGAAAAUGCAUACAGGUGAGAGAAAAUUGAUUAAAAUGUUUCAUCAUAGUGAGAUUCUGUUCAAUGUGUACAUGUAGAAGAUAAUAAAGUGUGUAGAUUAUCAUGAUACAUUUAUAACUUUGAAGGAGUUCAUUGGGUUUUUUCUGAUGACAGUGUAUUUAUUAUCUAAAACUGAAUUUAUACAAUGCCUCUCACCAUUAAAAAAGGGAUACAAAUAAAUUAUACCAUAUCUAUUAAAAAAAAAAAAAAAAAAAAAAAAAAAUACAAUACACAAUAUUGUGAGUUUAUUAGCUAUACUUCGACUUUUGGUAAUAGUUAUCAUCGACUUCCUUAGUUCCAACAAUAAACAACUUGUGUAUCACUUCUUUUAAAGCAAACAUUUUCAUGUAUUUAAUUUGAUCAAUGACACUUUUCAAUUUGGUUACAAUUAAUUUCGACAAAAGAAUGGUGUGGUCAAAUAGUUUCAACCUUAAGGGUAUUGGUAUGAAGCCGUAUUGUGACAAUGGUCGAGUUAUCUGGACAUCAUUCAACCUCCGGUCAAACAAUAAUGUCAGAAUAGAGAAAAUUGAAUUUGAUCCUAUUAGCAUGAAAUAUAAAUACAAUCCAUUUGGAAUGCAAUUUUAAUUUUAAGCCAAAUAUAAAAAGAUGAAAAUUCUUUCUUUUCAAAAUAUUCUUAUCAAUACAGGAUUCAAAAUCAAGUUUUGUCGUAGUAUUUUAAUAAGAGAAAAGAAAACCCUGAAAAACAUUAGAAAAAAUAAUGAAAGGCGAAACAAAACGCUAAAUCUGAAAAUCAUCACUUUUGUUGAUUUUGAAAACAAACAAAACUUCCGAAACUUCUCACGUCUUUUUCCCUCCCAUUUCAUCUUAAACCAAAAAAGAGGGUCUAUAAGAAGUUGAUAGUAUUCUGACAAUAUCUUAUGUCCCAGGAUAAACUGAUAAAAUUUUUUCUCCUUAUAAUUUCGUUUCCUUAAUAAUAAAAAAAAAGCUUAAUCAUCAAAGAAAUGUCGUUUUCCUGUAAACAAUGAGAAAUUAAUUAAUUCUACGAAAAAAACAUAUCUUGUCAUUGUACAUAGUAAAACAUGAUAUAUCUGUAAUAAGAAAAUGACAUCUGUAAUUUUCAUACUUUUUAAUUAAUAUUUCCCCCUGUGUAACAAAAAAUGUAAAUAUCUGUUGCUAACAACGUGUUACAAAAUAUUUUAUUAUCACAAAUAUCUUAUAAACAAAACUAUUUUAUAACCUUUAUCGACAAAUGAUAUAUUGAAUGAUUUAAUAGUAACAUAUUAAAUUUCAUAAUAAUUAUACUGCUAAUCAACAAAUCAUUAAUAUUUCUAUUCAAAUCUGGUCCGGACGUCAAUCGUUAGUUGUAAUUUUCAAAAGAUCUCAGGUGUUUUAAUAUCGAUCCUCGCAUACCUGACAUUCCAGGGAAAUUGACUUUGCAUGCAAUUUGUAAAAUUAGUCAUUCGGAUUAUCGAUUUGCAUUAUUAAGGGGUAAAUACACAGAUGUACUUCAAAGAAACCGUGGUUAGAACAAAGUGUGGUUGGAUUUUAAUUGCUUAGUCUUUGAAGUGGUAUAUCAAAACCCCAACCCUUAUUCCAACAACACAACAGACUCACAGUAAUGAAAUUCGCGAAAUUUAAUCAGUAUUAAAUCUGAUUUUCUUAGUGCAUGAAACACAAACACCAAGGGGACAACAACAAAUAAUAUGUCAAAGAGGGACAGACGGCACCACUGCAAUACGUAUACAAGAUAAAACACAAAAAUUGUUCAUACAAAACAGAAUUCAAUUAAAAAAGAUAGACGUGCAACAACAGAACGACAUUUAAGGAUUAAUUUUCUGUAUGUAAAUGUACAACAGAAGAACGACAUACAUUGUCUCCCUUGUGUGCCUUGUGUUUUACCUUUUCCGGUAUGUUGGUUACCAGUUAAUACAGGAUUCUCCAGAAUACAAAGGGAUAGUAUACGCUGGAUUUGUGUUGUAUGGUUUAAUGAUAACCACGUCUCUAGUCCUAAUACCCGGUGUUCAGUUGGACAAACGAUAUUUGUUGUUGCCAUGGAUAUAUAUGUUAAUUUUAAAUGUUUUAUAUGAAACUGGUUCUGUAGCCUUACUCACUACAGUACACAUGGAGAGGGAAAAGACACUCCAUGCCUGGGAAAUUAUAUGGGUUUUCUUUUACUGUUUUAAACUCAUAGCGAACUGUUAUUGUUUUGCCUGUGUUGUCUCACAAUACCAAGAGCUUUCAGAAGGAAGAGGAACAUAUGAAUAUCUAUACAAACCAAGAACUCAUCGGUCUCACAGAUGUCGACAAGACUUUUCAGUUGAAACAUUUGAACUGCCAUUCGGAUAUCACUUGCCUCCCUACACAGAGAGUGAUCCGAAUAAAGAACUAAAUCCUCCAAAUUAUGAACAAAUAUAUCCACAACCCAAAGAAGAACCUAUAUCAAAUCAUUCACAUACGUUUAAUGUGCAAUCAAGCAAUAACAAUUGUUAUCAAGUAACGGUGGAUAUUGUGUGGAUAUGAUUAUAUUAUUGUGUAGAUAUAAUGUGGAUAUACCUUGAAUCGAGUCCAAGUGGAUCUUUGGAUGAUAUGGAGUUUGUGCUGUUUGGAAAAAGUUUGCAAUAAGCAUGAAUGACAGACGCAAAUUUGAAGAUGAGUGCUACACAUAUUACGUAAAUACAAUGUAGCUCCAUUGUGGUAAAUGGAGGAUGUAACAUCUGAAAAUGGUACACUACUCAAGCAUGGUGGUACAUGUGAACAAAAGCUGAUAUCAGUCCCCGGAAGGGAUAUACUACCGAGCAGUUACAAUUUGUUGGCUUCUAUUGAAAAGAUCAAUGCCUCUUAUUGCCUGUCGUGAAAAAUGUGAUAAAACACAGAGAAAGGGAGUAAAUUAGCUAUUUAUUAACUAAAUGUUAUCUGUAUGUGUGAUAAACAAAUGUCCAUAUGUAACUGUUUCUAGUCAGAACUACAUGUAUUUGUUAAACAAAUUGUUUUUUAUAAUUUAAAUGACAACUUUUGCUAUAUUCUUGAACUGGCUAACACAUUGCUCAGAAAUGAAAGUGCUUUAAUGAAAACUCAGGUAAAAAGUUGUAUAACCUAGAGAUUUACCUUCUGAAACUGAUUUGUCAUGAUUGGUAAAUUCUGGUUUGAAGUAGAUUCUGUCCCGUUUUGUACAAUUAAAGUGAACCUGAUAAAACAAAGUCUGCCAGUUAAAGAAUUAUUAUGGUGCUAAACUUAAUAAUUCAUUUUACAAUUAAUUCACAAUUCAUACUUGGUGAAAUAUUAAAAAGAAUCAAAUACUA